AUUAAAUUUUAUUCAACAUCUUAAUCCUUCUUGGACUAAAACUCCAUUUGUGAAAUAUUUAUGCCUUCCGGCUUCUAUGGUUGCUCGGCAAACAGAUUGUUAGAUAAAGAUAUAGUCCACUUUGAGCAUUUUCACUAUGUGUUAUCUAUGGGUGCAGUCUUUGCUUUAUUUGCUGGUUUCUAUUACUGGAUAGGCAAAAUUACUGGACUUCAAUAUCCAGAAACUUUAGGUCAAAUUCAUUUUUGGAUUACUUUUAUUGGUGUCAAUUUGACUUUUUUCCCAAUGCACUUUCUAGGUCUUUCAGGAAUGCCUCGUCGCAUCCCUGACUAUCCAGAUGCUUUUGCUGGAUGGAAUGCUAUUAGUAGUUAUGGUUCUUAUGUGUCUGUUAUAGGUAUUCUUGUUUUCUUUGCUGUGGUUUAUUUCACUUUGACAAGCGAUAACAAGUGUGCUGCGAAUCCUUGGGCAUCAGAAGAAGAAGCUACUACUUUAGAGUGGAUGGUCCAAAGUCCUCCGGCGUUUCAUACAUUUGAAGAAAUUCCAGCUAUUAAAGAAACAGUUUAAGUGAAUCGGGCCCAUUGGGCCCGAUUGAGAGGAAGUUCUUUAGAUUGUCUUGUUCAAAAUAUAAGAAUGUCUUUCUUAGCAUAAUAAUGCAUUAUUAUCAUGCUUCGCAUCUUUCACAAGCUCGGAAUCUUUUGCAUGCAUUAUGAUGCAGCGCGAAAAUGCGAAAUGCUCCGCAUUAUUAUGAUGCGAAGCAUCUUGCGCAAGUGCCAUUAGUAUGCUUUCGCAGAAGUUGCACCGGAGGCCUCCUUCGCGAGCUUCGCUCGCACACUUCGCGUCCUUCGCGCAAAUUAAAUGUCGCUCGCUCGCACACUUCGCGUCCUUCGCAAGCAAAGCUUUUUUGUUUCCCAACCUUUGCUUGCUCACAGCUCCCCGCCUUCGGGGAUUGCUUGUCUUACGCUCGUCCGUUUCGCAAGCAAAGCUUGCUCAUUCUUACGAACCUAACGGAACCUUCGAUGCGAGCGGAAGCGAAGCAUCCCCCGUUCUUCGGAACUUGAGGCA